GGCGAAGCUGGACACGUCCUUGACGAGUCCUUUCAUUUCAUCUUAAAGCUAUGGUUCGUUCGACCAUUAUUGUUCGGGCAUCUGAUGCCCUUCCUCUCGCCGCUAGUGUAGACGACGAACAGACAGAACAAGCUCUCCAAGAGCACAAACAACAGUCCAAGCUCAUCUUCCGCCGGAUUACCCCCAAUUCUGAACCGAGAUGCUCAAUAGAAAGCGGACAAUAUACUCUGCACUACCUUAUAGCAGAUAAUGUUGUUUUUCUCACAAUAGCAGACAAGUCCUACCCCCGGAAAUUGGCAUUCUCAUAUCUUGAUGAACUUUCGAAGGAGUUCGCCACCACGUAUGGGCCAAAGAUUGAGACUGUGCGCAAGCCCUAUGCUUUCUUGGGAUUCGACACAUUCAUGUCCAAAACUGCACGGCUAUACAGGGACACGCGGACAGCCAGUGCAGCAAAUAGCUCAGGUUUGGACAAAUUGAAUGACGAACUGCAGGAUGUUACCAGAAUCAUGACGAAGAAUAUGGAAGAGUUAUUAUGGCGAGGAGACUCUCUAGACCGAAUGUCGCACCUGUCUACAUCCUUACGUUCCGAGUCCGAAAAAUACCGAAAAGCUGCGAGGAAUAUCAACUUACAAGCCAUGUUACGCCAAUAUGCACCACUCGGUGCGGUUGCACUGAUUCUGAUGAUCUUCAUAUACUGGAGAUUUUGGUGAAUUAAUAUACGAUAUCCUGGACUAUUCUUGUAGAUUACUCUUCGUUGUACCAAAUUGAUACAAUUUUUUGAAUAACAACAGUAAUCUAAUCAA